CACUUAAAUCUGACCUAAUAUUUAAGGGCAAACCCUGCUAGAACCAUAUAUAAACCAUAGACAUCAACACAUUUAAUUCAGUCAACAUGUUUUCACACAAAGUAAACAUUUCCCUUUGUUUUCUAACAAUUUUCACAUGUUUCGCAACAAUUGCAAACAUGGCGGAUGCCUCGCGCAUUUUAGCCAUCACCCCCAUGCCGUAUUUCAGUCAUCAAUAUUUUUACCGCCCCGUGUGGCGAGAACUAGCAAAUCGCGGUCAUGAAAUUGUUCUCAUCACUGCUGCACCAAUGCCAGGAAAUCUCACAAACAUCAAACAAAUCGACAUUAGUUUCAUUACUAAAAUGCUACCACGUCCAGGAUACACAACUGAUUAUAUUGAUCAAAUCGAAGGGUAUUACGAGCUAAUGCUUGCAAUGGCGGAAGCGCAAUUAUCAAGUCCUAAAGUGCAACAAUUAAUUCACAACCCAAAGGAACACUUUGAUUUAGUAAUUGUUGAAUUUACGUGUCCGGUUAUGUUCUCGUUCAAGAAACGCUUCAAUACUCCGCUGAUCCUCGUGAGUCCAAUGGACAUGUUGAAUUAUUACUACGAACGAACCGGAAGUCCAUCCCACGAGUUACUGUAUUCAUUCUUCAGGGAAAUUCAGACAGAACCAGGAUUCCUGCACAGAUUGAAGUCGUUUGUAACCUGGGCGUAUGAAUACUGGCAUAUUCCUUCAUACUUUCCAAGAAUCGACGCUGUUUCAAAGAAAUUCUUCGGAUCGGAUGCACUGGCAAUAGAAGAUGCUUUGCAACAGUUUGACUUGACGUUCACAAACGUCAAUAUGGCGUUACAGGAAGUGCGACCAUUUUCUCCAGCUGUUAUUCCCAUGGGCGGUGGGAUGUUCUUGGAAGAAGCUAAAACACAAAGAAUGCCACGGGAAUUACAACAGUUUCUGGACCAAUCUCACGAGGGAGUCAUCUAUAUUAGUUUUGGAACUUACAUUCAAACAAAAAGCAUGUCUGCAAACACCGUCUGGAAAUUGACAGAGAUAUUCUCAUCAUUACCAUACAAAUUCCUAUGGAAAUCAGAACCAUUGUCAGCGGAUAUGUUGAAAUCUAUAAACAAAACAGGAAAUGUUUAUAUUACAAAAUGGCUGCCACAACCUAAAGUAUUAGAACACAAAAAUGUAAAAUUAUUCAUCACCCAAGGAGGAAUUCAAUCUUUAGAGGAAGCGAUAGUUUUAAAGAAACCAACAAUAGUGCUCCCGUUUGUUGCUGAUCAACACCCAAACGCAAACCGCAUUGAACAAUUACAUUUAGGCGCGCGUUUGGAUAUUAAUACAGUAACACCAAGGAAAUUAAAACAAACAAUCAAUAAAGUCCUUGCAGACAAAGAAAUAUUAAAGAAUCUUGAUAAAUACUCACGGAUUUUGCAAGAUCAACCACUCAAACCCAAAGACAGAGCUGUCUGGUGGAUAGAGUACGUAAUACGUAACAAUGGCGCUCUUCAUCUUCGUGCAAGGACCUUACCAUGGUGGCAGUAUUUAUACAUUGAUGUUAUUUCAUUUCUAGCUCUUAUAAUCCUUGCCGCCGUUUUGAUUUGUGUGAAACUCAUACCAAUCAAGGACAUUUUCGAUCAUCUACAAAACACAAAGUUAAAAAGCAAUUAAGACGCCUAUUAUCACACAUUCAAUAAAUAUUUUAAG